ACGGCAGUUUUUACAACGCUCACCUUCCACUCGCUUCCAGUCCUGUUCCACAGAUGACUGACGUGAGUCAUUCCCGAGGUGGACACAGAGUUCAAGCCCAGCAUGAUGAAAACCGUCACUCCAAAGACCUUCGAGAGCCUUCACGGUCUCCCGAUGGGCCCAAACAGUGGCGUGGUGUCUGAUCCGAGGCCACAAACAACCAAUCAACCAUCACUGGUUCCAAUGUCAACAAGACCGACCCUGCUUCACAGUGUUAUUCCGAGCAACAAUCCAGGCCCCGCAAAGCCAAAUCUGCAUGCUACAGAUGAAGCAGCACCCCCACAAAAGACCAUCCAACCACUUUCUUCCGGUGCCCAGACCACCUCCAGCUAUGACUUCAGCUCAACAGCCACCCCUGACGCCAAGGCCCAACCGGCUGCCGAGUCGUCUACGUCAAGUGCUCGUGAGCUGCGCGUGAAAAUCAAGCAAGUGGCUGCUGCGUUCUUUAACAGUAGCCAAGUCGGUCCGAACGGAAGACCACCAGUGGGCAGGCAGCCUGAAGAUCUAUCAGAGGAUAAUGAAGGUGAAAGAAGGCCACCCAGUGGAUCACUGAAGCUGAGACCAUCUGAAGGUGCAGUUUCCAUGGUGAAGAGGGAUUGCUCGGACCACCUAGUCAGAGGCAGGGAGAUGAAGAGCGGCAUCUACCAAGUGACUCCAGAUCUCCAUGGAGGUAGCAGUUUUCUGGUCUGGUGUGACAUGGAGGUGCAGGGCGGAGGAUGGACCCUCCUGCAGCUGCGGCAAGACGGCGGCGUCAGUUUCAACCGCACCUGGGUCGAGUACCGAUCGGGCUUCGGGGAGCUGCUGAACGGAGGAGAGUUCUGGCUGGGGAACCAACACAUGCACCUCCUGACCCGGGACAGGGACAUGACCCUGCGGGUGGAGCUGGAGGACUUCUCCAGGGUGGCGGGGUACGCCGAGUACGAGCACUUUAGGGUUGCAAGUGAAAGGAUGCGCUACAGGCUGACGGUGGGGGGUUAUUCCGGCACGGCGGGGGACGCACUCCGCUUCGGCUCCACUUACGACCACAACAACCGGCCCUUCACCACCCCAGACCGGGACAAUGACCGAUACCCAUCUGGGAACUGCGGGGCUUACUACAGCUCUGGCUGGUGGUUUGAUGCAUGCAUGGCUGCAAACCUCAAUGGAAGGUACUAUGUUGGGAAGUACAAGGGUGUACGGGAUGGGAUCUACUGGGGGGCCUGGCAUAAUAUUUCCACCGAAUUCUACCCCACAAAUGAAAGGCAGUCCUUUAAAACGGUCAGGAUGAUGAUCAGACCGAAGGGAUUUUUAUCAUGAACAUAUUAUUGUUAUUAUACACCACUCACACAAAGUUCGUCAUACUGGGAUUUCAGGUGAAAUUUAAGGAUGACGCCACAAAAAAAAUACAGUUUGCCGUGCAGGCAUUUAAAAGUUUACGAAAGGCCAAACUGAGCUAACCUUUUAAAGGUUAUAGCGCAUUUUAGGUUCAUCCUGAAAUUUCACCCCGAAGCCAAAUACCCCUAUCUUUUAGUAGUAGUAUAUGUUCAUAUCAAUCACAUCAACAGUCAGUUUGCACCAUUCAAUAAUAACUCAAAACAAAGCAGUACUCACUACACACCUGCUUGACUCUUUGGUGCAAUAUCGUCACCUAGUGGAAAGUCCUGAUACUGCAGUUAAUUGUGUGCUGAUAAAACAGGGUCCUCGGUUUAAAACAUUAAAUAUUUGUAUGAAAAACAGAUCAAAGUCAUAAAUAUUAAACAAUCAAAUGAAAAAACAGUAAGUACGGUGGUAACUGACCGUGAACCCCUGUAAUGUGAUAAUUGAGGAUGUACAUAGUGUUUUUUAAUAGAAGAUAUUGGGUCUUCUCAGUUUUUUUUAAACAAAUGUGAUAUACAUUACGUUUCAAACCAGUGUGCGAUUUCUUGUAAUUGACUAUUUUCCUUAUAUUGUUUAUUGAUCAGAUGAUGAUUGAAAGUGUUUGAAAGGUUGUUACUUGUUCUUGCUACCUUUUAUUCUACACCAAAGAACAAACAUACUACAAAUUAAAGGAG